CCUUUUCACUGCCCCCGCCCCAUUAGGGAACAGAGCUGGAAAGACGAAGCCGGGGGCCGCCGCCGUACCGUGGGCGGAAUCGUGCUCGGAAAGCAGCCGUCACACACACGCACGCACGCCGCUCCCCCAGCGCUCUCCGGAGGGUCGCCUUCGCAGCCAUCGAUCAGCUCUUUCCGGUCAUCGCGAUCAUCCUCGUUUCUCAGCUGUCACGGCACUUUAACCCUCCGGUUCGUCCAGCUGGGCUCGUCCCAACCCAAUCGAAAGAGGAAAAAAGUUUGACUUGCCGCCUUGCCUGCUGGAGUGCUUAUCCUGCAGAAAUGUCGCAGAAGGAGAGACCUACUUUCUACAGACAGGAACUGAAUAAGACGAUAUGGGAGGUACCGGUGCGCUACCAGAACCUGAAUCCAGUUGGAUCCGGUGCCUACGGAUCCGUAUGCUCAUCGUACGACAGCAAGUCAGGGCUGAAGAUUGCAGUGAAGAAGCUAUCCCGUCCGUUCCAGUCCAUCAUCCAUGCCAAGAGGACCUACCGCGAGCUGAGGCUUCUCAAACACAUGAAACAUGAAAACGUGAUUGGGCUCCUGGAUGUCUUCACGCCAGCGACCAGCUUGGAGGAGUUUAAUGAUGUGUACUUGGUGACUCAUCUCAUGGGUGCCGACCUCAACAACAUUGUCAAGUGUCAGAAGCUCACGGACGACCACGUGCAGUUCCUCAUCUAUCAGAUUCUGCGGGGGUUAAAGUACAUCCACUCCGCUGACAUCAUCCACCGAGACCUUAAACCCAGUAACCUGGCUGUAAAUGAGGACUGUGAGCUGAAGAUCCUGGACUUUGGCCUGGCACGGCACAGCGAUGAGGAGAUGACGGGCUAUGUGGCGACGCGCUGGUACCGUGCACCAGAGAUCAUGCUCAACUGGAUGCACUACAACAUGACAGUGGACAUCUGGUCUGUGGGCUGCAUCAUGGCUGAGCUUCUCACAGGGCGGACCCUAUUUCCCGGCACCGACCAUAUUGAUCAGUUGAAGCUAAUUAUGCUGCUUGUUGGAACUCCAGGGCCAGAGCUCUUGAAGAAAAUAUCUUCAGAGUCUGCCAGAAACUACAUCAGCUCUCUGGCCCAGAUGCCCAAGAGGAACUUUGCUGACGUGUUCAUUGGAGCAAAUCCACAGGCCGUAGACCUGCUGGAGAAGAUGCUGGUCCUGGACACCGAUAAGCGGAUCACGGCAGCCGAAGCUCUGGCCCACCCGUAUUUUUCCCAGUACCAUGACCCAGAUGACGAGCCUGAAGCAGAACCCUAUGACCAGAGCUUUGAGAGCCGCGAGUUGGAUAUUGAGGAGUGGAAACGACUCACCUACGAGGAAGUGAUCAGCUUCAAGCCCCCGGUUUUAGACUGUGAGAUGGAGAUGUGAGAGCGAGUGCCGGCAGCAUGCUCCCACCGCUGCCCCACCCCCUCACACCAUGUGGACUGGUACUGGUGGACAGACUGUUUAGUACUGGUGCUGACACUGGCUUCCCUCCUAGGUUUGAGGUUCAGUGGGCAAAGGGCUCAGACUUCAGCCUGAGGCGCUUCUCCAUGAGUCUCCCUGCAUGCGGUGUGGUCAUGCUUUGGUUGGGUCUCAGGACUGCAGUAUUUUUAAGCAGGUGUGUUAUUGCACAGUGAGGUAUGAUGUGGGGGGGAAAAAAUCGGUUAGCAGUUAUUUUUCAAAUUUUGGACAACGGUCUCACUUGAAAAUGUCUUAUUUUUGUAGUGAAUGGAUGCAGAUUUGAAGGGUAAAUUAUUUCUUUAGUCCACCACAUUAUCAGCAGUGUCUAAUCCUCUCAUGUUUGACAUUUUAAGAAUGAGUGGAAGACAGUACACCUGUUGUUGCUAUGAAAAAUUGCCUUUCUUUCUCUUAAACAUGAAAAUGUGUCAACCCUUGAUUCCCAGGAUUUGGGAAGGGGACAGUCACUGGAUUCUGGCCCAAAAGGCCUAAUUUAUCAUCAGAAACUUGAGUAAUUUGCUGGUGUGGUUUGGGAAAUGUUUCCACAGUUUGAAGUACGAAACAAUUUUGCAGCACUGGGCUGGACCAGAACCUCCCCACACGACAAUGUACAUGCGGGACCCACCAAGGUGUCAGCCAGUAUCCGCCUUUCACAUCAUGCGGUGCCCAGUUGUUUUUCCCCAUUUUAGUUGUUUUGAGUCUUCAGGGUAUUUAAUAAGAAAAGAAAUCUCACUAUCCCUUGUUAUCUGGUCUUUUUCCCCUACCCCAAACUCCAACUGGUCCCAGUGUCAGACUUCUGGAAUGUUACUGACCUAGAGGGUAGACCAGCUCAAUCCUCAGCUACACAGGCGGAGACCAUCCGGGACGUAACGGAAGUCCCACACAGUACAAUCUCCUCUGAACUACCACAAUAUAAUCCAAUUUGUAAAUGUAUUUUUAUACAACAAAAUAGAAUCAUCAGGCCAAAAACCAGUAUGCCUUCAAAGACCAUUUGAGUGUGGUAGUAUUGUAAGGUUGUUCUGUUUAGUGUUCUGUAUAAUUCCUGGCUGAAUUGACAAGUGGAUCUUGCUGGAAACAGUCUUGUUCAUUUCCAAUAGUCUGCCAGAGGCCUCUGAACGACAACAAAGAGCCCCAAGUUUGUUUCAUAAAAUACAAGUACUCCAAAAUGUAAAUAAAUACUAGUUACUGCCUUCUGUGCUGUUGUCUUCAUCACACUGCAUUUUGAUUAUUUCAUCAGCAUUAUCUGUAUGGAGUUUGUCUUUUUGUCUUUAAUGGUGUACUUAAUGUAGCUGGACAGUCACGUGAAUAUCUGAUGUUAUGGCAAGAAGCAUUGUAUUGAGACUGUUGACUUAGUUUUUUGCUGGAUGAUGAACAUGCUUUACUUAUAAAGAUUUCAAGACCACUAUUUUAUGUACUGAAUUCAUCCACCACACUGGGCUGUGUGAACGUUAACAUUAAGUACCACUUUAAAAUAAAGGCUAUUUUGUACUGUUUUCUUUUA